AUGCCAUGGCCCCUAGAUGGCCCGCUCGCCUUUCUAGGAUGGACAUAUAUUGGAGUCGCCGCAUUCUGUCAUGCCGAAGGAGCGCUCCUGCGAAGUUCCUACUUUGCCGGCACCAGCUACAGAAAGGACUACCUGAACUUUCACAAAUGGGCUUGCAAUCGUCUAGAACUACAAGCUCCUAAAUUUGUCACCGGCGUGCCUCACUCGACUGUCCUCGAACUAUUCUUACAAGACUACCGAGUCUCACUCAUGUCACAUCGAAAGCCAACCUGGACCCAGCUAUUCCUGCCAAGUAUCAUUCAUCUGAACCCAGUCCACCUGUACGCUUCUGUUCGAAGCGUCUGGGUAAUGUUCGACACAGCACAAGGAGAUGGGCCAUCCGCUCAGCUGUUGCCCUUAUCAGUCAUGCUGGCUGCUUCGACCAUUGGCCAUCGGCUUGACUGGUUGGUACGCCAAUUCUUGUUCUUCUCACUGCCAGUGAGUCAGCAAAACGAAGUAAGCCUCGAGAGGCUCCGAAACGAAACCGCCAACUACCGUCGCGCCUCAUGGCGCGGCUUCAUGCGUAAUACUUGUCAACUCCGCCUUGGUCCCGCAUGGAAAAAUCUCAAAGACUUCCUCCGCCACAGCACGGAAUUGUCUACAUUGAGCAUGAUAGACCCCUCCAUCGGCGCGUCAAGUGGCUUUGCGGCGCUUCGCACGAUGUUUGCACUGAUCGCGCCACGCGCUGUAUUUGGCAAUAUUGCGGACACGGUAGGCCGGUCCAUCGCAUCGAAUCUCGCGGAGGAAGAUUUCUUCCCAUACCUCGCAGCAUUCACUGGUACGACCAUGCUCUCGCGUUUCUUCAACGAGAUUGCUUGGAUGUAUCCAUGGAUGCGGACGUAUCUGUUCCCGAACCAGCUAACCACCCUCAUUCUGACCAGCGCAGCAGAGUGCUUGCAGAUUGUGUUUGGACUGGCGCCUAGAAUAUCGCACCUGUCCCACCUGACUGGCUCAAUCGCUGGUGCUGGCUUGUUGAUCGGAAUUUGCGGGUAUCUAAGACUCCUCCGUGCCGUAAGGGCAAAUCUAGCGGCCCGCUGA